AUGGCGUCGGCCAUCUUCUUUCUCGACCUAAAGGGCAAGACCCUUUUGGCGCGCAACUACAGAGGAGACAUUCCCAUGUCGGCUGUGGAGAAGUUCCCCAUUCUACUGAGCGAGGCUGAAGACGAGAGCUCCGCUGUACCUCCCUGCUUCUCUAGCGAAGGCAUCAACUACCUCUACAUCCGCCACAACAACCUCUACCUCCUUGCUCUCACCAAACGAAACACCAAUGCCGCCGAGAUAUUGCUCUUUCUGCACAAGAUUGUGGAGGUCUUUACCGAAUACUUCAAGGAGCUCGAGGAGGAGAGUAUACGGGACAACUUUGUCGUCAUCUACGAGCUGCUGGAUGAGAUGAUGGACUUUGGCUACCCACAAACCACCGAGACCAAGAUCUUGCAAGAAUACAUCACACAAGAGUCGCAUAAGCUCGAAAUCGCACGGCCGCCCAUCGCAGUCACAAACGCCGUUAGCUGGCGCAGCGAGGGAAUCCGAUACCGCAAGAAUGAAGUUUUCCUCGACGUCAUCGAAUCGCUCAACCUCCUAGUCUCCGCAACCGGCAGCGUGCUGCGGUCUGAAAUUCUGGGCGCCGUCAAGAUGAAGUGUUAUCUAUCAGGUAUGCCGGAGCUACGGCUGGGCUUGAAUGACAAGGCCAUGUUUGAGACUACAGGAAGAGCCACUCGAGGCAAGGCUGUUGAGAUGGAGGACGUCAAGUUCCACCAGUGCGUGAGGUUAUCGAGGUUCGAAAACGACCGCACAAUCAGCUUCAUCCCGCCAGACGGCGAGUUUGAGCUCAUGAGCUACCGACUCAACACACAAGUGAAGCCACUGAUUUGGGUCGAGUGCAUAGUAGAGAGCCAUUCGGGUAGCAGGAUAGAGUACAUGUUGAAGGCGCGAGCACAGUUCAAGCGACGAAGCACAGCUAACAACGUGCAAAUCUCCAUACCCGUCCCUGAAGACGCCGACACACCACGCUUCCGCACCAAUAUCGGUACCGUCCACUACGCGCCUGAGACAUCGUCGAUCGUAUGGAAGAUCAAGCAAUUCGGCGGUGGCAAGGAGUUUCUCAUGCGCGCCGAACUCGGUCUACCGUCAGUACGCGGUGAUGAUGAAAAGGGUGGUGGUAUGAUGGGAGGCUUCGGUGGCAGCAUGGGAGGUGUCGGUGCAGGCAAAGCGAAGCGACCGAUCAACGUCAAGUUUGAGAUUCCCUACUUUACCACGUCGGGUAUCCAAGUGCGGUAUCUGAAGAUUAUCGAGCCAAAGCUGCAAUACCCCUCGCUGCCGUGGGUGCGAUAUAUCACUCAGUCUGGCGAUAUUGCUGUGCGAUUACCAGAUGUAAACUAG